UAAAUCUCUACAAGAGGACUGAAUCGAAAUUAUACCAAACCUAAUACGCUAAAACCCAAAUCCCAGAUCGUUCCUCGCGGCCAAACCCCAAAUCCUUGAACUUCGAAAGUGUCGAAGAAGUAGAAGAGAAGGAAAGAUGCUUUUUUUCUCGUAUUUCAAGGAGCUGGUGGGGAAGGAGGUCACCGUGGAGCUGAAGAACGACCUGGCGAUCAGAGGCACUCUCCAUUCCGUUGAUCAAUACCUCAACAUCAAGCUUGAGAAUACUCGCGUCGUCGACCAGGACAAGUACCCUCACAUGUUAUCGGUGAGGAACUGCUUCAUCAGAGGAUCAGUCGUUCGAUAUGUGCAACUUCCACCAGAUGGUGUAGACAUUGAUAUUCUACAUGACGCCACAAGAAGAGAAGCCCGGGGAGCUUGAGCUUUGGUGAUGUAAUGUACAACCUCAGAUGCAGAAGAUUGGGAUGUAAUGCUUUCUGCCCAAUUUGGCUCAGUAGAAAUUGUUGAAAACUCUUGGACAUGAUUUGAUGCUUGUCAAUUAUAUCAAUAUAAUUGGAGCUGGUUUCUUUUGACUGCACUAAGUGCAAUUAUUUCCAUUUACUAUUAGUUUGUAUGGAAUUUUAAGGCAUGUCUGUUCGUUUGUCAAUGUAGUUAGCGUUGGUUUAUUAAUUGCAACAAUGCUUUUUUCCCCUA